ACUUAUUAGAGACAAGAAGGACUCUAUAGGUUUUUUCAAUUGGAAUCUAAUUUGGUUUAUUUGGCUUUACAUGUUUGGAUAGCUGAUUUCCUCUAAUAGGAAAACAUUGAAUUUGUUAUUUAUUCAUCAAACUAAAUACUCAAAAUUUUGUACUGUUUUUGCAUUUGAUUUAGUUUAGCUCAGUAAUCUGUCGAACAAUAUCAGUAGACACUCUCUUAUUGAUUUACAGUUUCCUUAUGGAUAAGCCCAGAUAUCAAUGAAGGCUAAUGUUGGUAACACAUCUUCCAAUGGUGGCACUCCUCAGCCACCAGUAUCACAACAAGUCAUUGGAGAAGUUCAUUUAAAUAACCCUUCUCCUAGGGAUCAUUUACAAAGGAAUUCUCAAUUUCCUAUUGCUAAUGAUUAUCCACAGCAGCAACGCAAUUCAUUCAGGCGUAAUGCUGGGCAACAUUCACGUGGUGAUGGUCCUCACCAUCACAAUUAUGGGGGCAGACGCGAACACGAUCGCACAAAUCAAGCUCAUCGAAAUUUCAACAACAGAGAUGCACAUAUGCAGCCACAAAGACUCGCAAGGUUUAUAAGGCAUCCACCACCUCCCCCGGCACCACCUACGGCAACCCCUUUUAUUGGAUCUCCGGCAGCGCGUGCUUUUAGCAGUCCCAUUGGAUUCCCCGAAUUGUAUUAUGUUGCUGGUCCACCUCCGGACCCUCUUGGAGGCAUGCCUUUUGUUGCAGCGCCACUGCCGCCUCCUGCAAUGUAUUUUACUACUCCGGAGCCUCAAUUGCAUUCUAAAAUACUGAAUCAGAUAGAUUAUUAUUUCAGUAAUGAAAAUUUAAUUAAAGAUACAUUCUUGCGUCAGAAAAUGGAUGACCAGGGCUGGGUCUCUGUUAAAUUAAUAGCAGGCUUCAACAAAGUUUUGCAUUUGACUGACAAUAUCCAGUUUAUAUUGGAGGCUAUAAGAAGUUCAACUGUUGUUGAAGUACAGGGUGACAAAUUAAGGAGGCGCAAUGAUUGGAUGAGAUGGAUAAUGCCACCUUCUGUUCAGUUUCCUAGUGCUUCUGGACAUGCAACACUUGGAAGGAGUCCAGCAAAUGUUCCUAAUGAGCCAUUCCUUGGUAGAUCAUCAUCUGAUGACUUGAGUAGCCAGUCAUCUACUAUUGAACGAACAGAUCAAAUGAUUGUACGAGGAGGUUCCGAUUCAUCGACUUUAGCAAGAAACUUGAGCAAGUAAAAUGUUUUCUUAAAAAGGAAAAAACAAAAAAAGAAAAAAAAAGAAAAGAAGAAAAAGAAAUGAAUAACAUUUCAUUAGUAGAGCUGGCUAGUAUCAUGAAAUUUUUUGGGAUAUGUAUGUUUUUGUGAGGGGUAACUUUUUUUAAUCCCACAAGUAUUGUGGUAGCCUGUUUGGUGUUAUUAAUGGGGAAUUUUGGACAUGCUUCCCCUAAUUGCCUCUCAGUUGGUUUUAAAAUUCUUUGGGGGUAAGAUAUCUCCAUUUCUAUGAGGAAAAACAUAUUAUUUCUGAGAGAUGGAACAAAUAAUAUGGUUAGAUUGCAUUUAUGA